GAGCUUUAGCAAGGCGGCGUUCGUGUUAGCUUGAGGCGGAAUGUAAACACCGGUGAGAAUGAAAGAUGCAAAUGCACGCAGCGAAUAGAAUGGAGUCCAGUUCAAAAACACCCACUUUAAAUGCGGGCUGCAGUGUGUGCUGAGCUCCGUGAUGUCCCAACACCAUUUUUCAUUGAUAUAGAAGCAUAUCCCGCCGCCUUUUGUUUUCCCCGAUAACUCCAUGACGCGGUCUGCCCGGUGAAGAUGGAAGCCGGGAAGCAUUACGCCGCCAUCGUGGACACCCUCACAAAGCCAAGUCUCCGUAAAGCACAGUGCGGCCCAACAGCCGAAGUCUUUACUGGUCUUCAUCAGAAGAUGAAGCUCGUCCAUUUUGUUGGGUAGGGAGCGGAGAUUCGCAAGGUGGAUCGACAGAAACGGCAAUCUUUACGCUCCCUUGCGGAGCUUAACUUGGAUGCCGGCUCCCUUUCCUCUGUGGCAUCGCCUUUGACUCCAUGCGCCAAAGACCACAGUUGGACACCUUUUCUCUACAUGUUCAGAAGCUAACUAACAUGGGAGUCAAAACCUUUACCCAUUGCUCAACAUCCCACAGCCAGGAGAUGCUCGAAAAGCUCAACAAUUUGCGUAACCAAGGUCACUUGUGUGACGUUACCAUCAGGGUGCAAGACAAACAUUUCCUGGCCCAUAAAGUGGUCCUGGCCUGCUGCAGUGAAUUCUUCCGCUCAAAACUGGUGGGUCGGCCCGAGGAGGAGAAGUUUGUGUUGGACCUUCACCAUGUGACAGUUAGUGGCUUCGCUCCUCUGCUGGAAUACGCCUACACGUCUACGCUCUCCAUCAGCACAGAAAAUAUUAUUGAUGUCCUUGCAGCUGCGAGUUACAUGCAGAUGUUCACAGUCGCAAGUACGUGUUCAGAGUUCAUGAAGUCGAGUAUUUUAUGGAGUCCAAAUAACAACGGCAACAACACACUUGCAGCAAGUAAACCCCAUGAUUCAGCAACUGAGAGUGCCUCUUCGAACUGUGCCCUAACGCCACUUCAUGACAGCGUGUCUCCUGUGUCAUCUGACUGUAGUGUAAUGGAGAGAAAUGUUCCAGUUUGCCGUGAAUCACGCCGGAAACGGAAGAGUUUCGUAGCCAUGGCUUCACCUGAGAGUCCUCUCAAAUGCACGACACAGAUGGUCAAUACCUCUCCCCAGGUUUCCAAUCCAUCCCCCUCAUUUACAGACAGCACAGCCCAGCCUGUGGAGUCCUCCCUAGCCUUCCCGUGGACGUUCCCAUUCGGCAUUGAUAGGAGAUUCCACUCGGACAAAUCAAAGCUUCCGCAGAGCUCCCGGUGCCAAGAGCAGGCAGCCACAGCUACUUCUGAGGUGGUGGUUGGUCGGCGACUCAGUGACUUUCUGACGUGUGAAAGCUCCAAGGCAGUGUCGCCACCUGGGCCAGCGGAGGAAGAAGAUGUUAGGGUGAAAGUGGAGCGCCUCAGUGAUGAGGAGGUCCAAGAGUCAUCCACCCACGCUGUCAGUGCCUCCCAGAGCUCACUCAACGAUCAACAGACGGUGCCAGGAAGUGAACAGGUUCAGGAGGAUCUCCUCAUCAGUCCACAGUCAUCAUCCAUAGGAUCAAUGGAUGAGGGCGUGUCAGAGGGCUUGCCAUCUAUGCAGAGCACCUCUAAUGCUGAAAGACAUGCAGAGGAUGAUGAAAGGUUAGAGGGUAUUCAAUAUCCUUACCACCUCUAUAUCGGCCCGUCAGCCCGGCCUGGCACCAAUGCCCCUGACAGGCCCUUUCAGUGUCCAACCUGUGGAGUUCGAUUCACUCGCAUUCAAAACCUGAAGCAGCACAUGCUCAUACAUUCCGGCAUUAAGCCUUUCCAGUGUGACCGCUGUGGGAAAAAGUUUACACGGGCCUACUCCCUAAAGAUGCAUCGGCUGAAGCACGAAGGUAAACGCUGUUUCCGGUGCCAGAUUUGUAGCGCCACAUUCACGUCCUUCGGUGAAUAUAAGCACCACAUGAGGGUCUCCCGACACAUAAUCCGCAAGCCGCGGAUUUAUGAGUGCAAAACGUGCGGCGCCAUGUUCACCAACUCUGGCAAUUUAAUUGUACACCUGAGGAGUCUGAACCAUGAGGCAUCCGAACUAGCAAACUACUUCCAGAGCAGUGAUUUCCUCGUGCCCGACUACCUGAGCCAGGUGCAGGAGGAGGAAGAGGAGGUGCUGGGAGUCCAGUACGAAUUGGAAGAAUCCCAACAUCACCCAGUCUAUGCGGGCAGCACUUCCACAUCCACUACAAUUACCGCCUCGUCCUCCUCCUCCAUCCAGAUGCCGGUCAUCUCCCAGGUCUCCUCCUCUACCCAGAAUUGCGAGAGCUCACCUGGCUUCCUUUCACCUGAUUCCAUGAAUCCCCUGGAAGCCUCCACCUCCUUCAAAAUACAUGCUGGUGGCGCUGCUGCCCUGGCAGAGGAGACCAAAAUGGACAACAGAGAAGGAGGCAGUUCACCUGAGGUGUUUGAUCAAGAACACCAUCAGAUGCAGAAUAUUCAAGCCAGGGAGUUGGCUUCCAUGACAAUUGAGUGAUUCAAGUGUUCUUCUUGCCCGUAAUGUGCUACUUUGUCGUCAUACGUGGGAAAAUCUGUGGAAUAUUGAUGCCAAAAGAGGUUAAGUGGACAUGUUCACAUUUCAAAAAAUGACUGACAGAUUCAUCAAUCAAAUUUUCUCAAGACUUUGGUUACCCUGGUAAUGGGUUUUCCACCAUAAGAGGAGUAAUUUAAGGUCAAAUGUUCUUUUGUUUUUUUUUCCAUUAACAAGUAGUUGACGGUUUGAAACAGUUAUUUAUCCCAUUUGACGUGAAUGCACUACCACUGGAGGUACUGUAUGUUAAAUUCUAGCCUGGUUCUUUUGGAAAGUGCCUGAGAAUAGACGAAGAGCACUUGAGUUUGCCAACAAUAUCAAAUCAAGCCUUUGCAAACUGAGCUUUUUUAAUUUCCUUUACAAUCGUGUCAGUUUGUAUGGACACACACUGGUCUGUCCUUUUACAACAGGCAAACAGUUAAAUGUCAGUAUUGUCUAUUGCAAUAUCUAUUUGUGUAGUUUCCUGUCUGAACGCAGUAUAUGCUGACUGUUGUGGAAGAAUGUCAGGUCUGUGUAUGUACAUCUAUUUUUAAUAGAAUGCACACAAAGUUAAUUUACACAUUUUAAAUUUCAAGCAAAAGUUCCUCAUGAUUUUUCUGCAGGAUGCUUUUUUCCUGAUCUGCUAUUUUUACAAGUGAACACUGUGGUCAAAUAUCAAGUCAUCGAAAAUAUUGGUACUGGCAAAUACUAAACAACAUUUUCAGUCAAUUACACAGUUGUGGUCAAAAGGUGUGGAUUACCUCACAUAUACAUCUGACAUUGUUUGGAAAAUGACAAGUAAAAGUAAACUUUGAAGGUGAUCGUAUGACCUUAUUGUCUGCCAAAUCUAUUAUGGUUAGACAGAUCAAGUGGGUAAUCAUGAGAAGACAAAGGAAAACCCUCCAGUGUAGUGCUCUGUUUUGCUUCUUCGUUCACGUCACUGCUUUAAAAACAGAAAAAAGAAAGGCAUACCAAAGUUAAGAAGCAUAAUUCUAUAUGCUCUGUACAACAAUAAGCAAUGUGAAUCACAAACGUGAAAAGUGACCUAGCAAAAUUAACACGAAACCCGAAAUUUCAUUGACUGCCAAAACCUUUGGCCACGACUGUGGAAGGUGAUUCCUUUCAAUUUGCAAGAUUUUCAAAACGAUUCAGUGUUUGAACUCUGAAACAAAUGCAAUCAAAUGCUGAUGUAGCAUUUAAUGCUGGUUAGAGUCCAGCCCGUAUAAUUUGAUAAUGUAAUUUAUUUUUACACUUUUACAUUGUAAUCUUUCUCCACAUCUGGUUAUAUCCUCUUUUCAAUCACUUCUCCACAUGUGAACUUGUUUUCCAUUACUAUUACUAUUCCUAAAUGCAAUAGCAACAUAUUUGGUGUCACAAAAAGAGCAAUGAACAGCUGGAUCAUAUAAAUGUUUGUGAUCUUUAUUUGUAAAGUGACUAGUUGCAUAACAGUCAUGCAAUGGAUGUUGCAUGACUGCUGGAAGUUUGUUACAAGGUGACUCGUUUCCAAAAUGUUAUCCCUGCGCGAUGAUACCAAAGCACACGUUGUGCUGGCUUUCCCAUGGCCACUUUUUCAAGCAGAACAGAGCAAAGCAGAGCUGCUUGAUUUUAUGUGACAAGAUUACUUGAUAAAUGUUUGGUCGUAUUCCUGUAUUUUUUGUGAUUUUACAAUGAAACCUCUGUGUGCAACUCAGUUUCGAGACAUUGCUGAUAAGACAUCAGAGACAUUAAUGACUUGCAUUGUACGUAAUAUCCACGAGUUGAAUGCUACUGACUGACUAGCUAACUAUGUAUCUGACUUCUGUAGAUGAUGCAGCUGCCACUUUAGGUUCAAAUAAGAGGAUGUAAACAUUUUUUUUUCAACAAGAGUUGAUUGUAGAGAUGAGCAUUGUGCGAUUUUGUAGCUGUUUCAAUUAUUCAAAUUCACUGAGUGCUGUCUUGAGAUGAGUUUAUGUCACACAGUGCCAUUGUGUCAGCCACCUUUUCAAAGUUGUGCCAUUUGACUUUUUGUCGGACUAAGAGCAAGCUCCCCUACUCCAGGACCAAAUGUUCUCUUCUCUCAUUGGAGGAUUUGCCUUGGCAAUCAGUACUUGCACAUAAAAGAAAGUGAUAAUCAUGAUAAGCGGUCCAUGCAGUUUAUUAAAGGGGUUUUGCUGUUUUGUCCUUAAAGAAACUGUACAACAUUGUGCAUCCAUGAGGCUAGCCUUAGUAAAUGGACCUAUUAACUCUCGUUGCACACUAUCAAACAUUUUUACAACUUUUUCUCCAUGUGUCCAUCAUAUGCUUUUCACUUGUUGUGUCUGUGAUGUCUGUUUUUAAACUUUGUUUUUAAAUAUAUAUGUAUACAUGAAAUGAAAAUGCUGCUGAAAAGUGCCCCAACUAUUUUUGUGAACUAAUAUGUGUGCAAUACAUGGACAGAUGUUGUUUUGAAAGUUACAAUUCUGUUCCCGGAAUGCUGAAUUAUAGAUGUAUUUAAAAAAAAAAAAAAAAAAAAAGAAUGUAUCAUUUAUUUUUUUGAAAAAGCACCCAUUUGAUCUGUGAAACAACGUGUUGGUUCUGUUCUGCUCUGUGUUCCUCUCUGAAGUUGCAUGUUUAUGCUAUGUAAAGUUGAGAGCAUGUCAUGUUUAGUUGCUGGUGUGUUCUGUCAAGUCUUAAUAUGUUGAUCUUACAGCCUAGUUUUGGAUCUGUUGCUGGAGCAUGACCUUUAUUUCCUGUGUAUUAAGCCCUUUUUUGUGCAAUGUUUUAAUAUUAUCUUGAUUAUUAUACGAGAUAUGCCUUUACAGUGUACACUUGGUGUUGUAUACCAGUUUUCUACCAGUCUAGGCUUUAUUUAAAAGUUGUCUUCAUAAUGGCAUAUAUAUAAAUGUGUAUUUAUAGGUGAAUUUUAUACCAUGGUCACUGUUUGAUGGCAUCUUUCUUGUUAAAUGUGAAUAGUUUCAGUUGGGGUAAUCUUCAUUCUGUGACUGUCCCAGUGUGUGUAUAUUAAAUAUUAAUAUGCUGUAUAUACGUAAAUAGUAUGUUGCAUAUUCCUUAUAUUGUAGGUUACUUGAUUACAACCUACUUUCAGACAAAUGUAUUUUUUGUCUUUGAUACUGUACUUAGUUUUGAGAAACUGCCUAGAACAUCCCUGUUAGUGAUAUAAACUGCACAUUAGGGAGAACUGAUGUUGUGGUGUGUCUGAGUUUGUUUUACAGCUGGCUCUUAAAAACUGACAAUACCACUCUGUAUUUUAGAGGUUUGUGGUUGUACUGAUUCUGAAUUUGUUAGUGUUCUGGCUCUGUCGUCCUGUUAUUAAAAUGGGUGUUUUUGUUAAUGCAUAACAUGCAAAUAAAAAGACAA